GUUUAUUGGAAGCAUUUCUCUCUGAUUUCCAGACUGUGUUUUGUUGAUGGCUGAUUCCUGAAUAUGAGAAGGUCAUUGAUGAAGCAGCUGAAGGUGUUUGGGCCGAGGUCGCUACCCAGAGGAACUCUUGCAGAGAUGUCCUGGAGCUGAGAUGACUGACCUCCAACAACCAUAACCAUCUUCUUAGCGACAGAAGGACUACAUCGUACUACAUCGGAGAAUACAGAGAGGAUAGACACCACAGAUAGAUCCUGGCCACCACCCAAAGAACAACGACACAACUAUGGAAAGACUUUCAGAUACUUCACAGUAUUGCUCAACACAAAGAAAGUUGUGCAGCGAAACCAUCAUCUGGAAAUCGGUUGGGUCAGGGGAGCUUUGACAUUUCAUUACAUCUGAAACUGAUGGUUCUGUGAGGUGUUCCAUCAGAACCAACCUUUGUGAAGCUUCAGCUCUGCUGAUCAGUCAAAUUGAAUCUGGAAAGAAGUCUGAGUGUUUCCAAGUGUGGUAAGAGCAUUGAGCAUCAGUUAUGCACUGAGCCUCUUGAACCACUGACUAAUUCCUGCAGGUGAGAGAUUGUUCCAGUGUGAGGUAUGUGAGAAGGGUUGUUCGGUCUUCAUGGAUACAAAUUUAUAAGUGUGAACACAAGACCAGCAUAAUGGAAGGGAAGGCCUUCAAGUGUGAGGUGUGCAGUAGAGCCUUUGCACAUGCAUCAACGCUGGUGAAUCACAGACGCAUUCACACUGGUGAGAAACCAUUCAUGUGUGAGGUGUGUAACCAGGGGUUUGCACAGUCCUCAGGUCUGGUGAAACAUCGGCGCAUUCAUACAGGGGAGAAACCAUUUACUUGUAAUGUGUGCGACAAAUCAUUCUCACAGUCAUCAAAUCUCCGUGUGCACCAACACAUUCACACCGGGGAGAAACCGUUCAUGUGUAAGGUGUGCAACAAGUCAUUCUCUCGGUCAUCGCCCUUCCUCAUACAUCAAUACAUUCACACUGGAGAAAAACCAUUCACGUGCCAGGUGUGUGACAAAUCAUUUUCGUCUUCCUCGGAUUUACGCAUACAUCGACGCAGUCACACAGGGGAGAAGCCAUUCACAUGUGAGGUGUGCGAGAAAGCAUUCUCAUCAUCAUCGGAUCUCCGCAAGCACCAACGGGUUCACAGUGGACUGAAAACCUUUACCUGUGAGCUCUGUGACAAAUCCUUCUUGGAAUCAUCAAACCUUCGCAAACAUCAACGAAUCCACAGGGGGGAGAAACCAUUCAAUUGUAAGGUUUGUGACAAAUCAUUCUCGCAGUCAUCGAAUCUCCUGGUCCAUCAGAGGAUUCACACAGGAGUGUAACUCUUCAUGUUAGAGAUAUGAAAUCCAGCAUUUUCGAUGUUAUUGAAUCUUCUCUGUCAGUAAGGGGAUCCACAGAGGGAGUAACCCUUUGUCUGUGAGGUUUGUACUGAAUGUCUGAUCGUGCUGUUGACCCUUCUGGGAUAUCACAGGAAAAGCACAGGGGAGAAACUGUUGAAUUGUGACAUUUCUGGAAAAACACUUCCACUCACUCUUCCAAUUUCUUGAAGUGACAAUGGAUCCAUGCUGAUGAGAAAGUAUUUCAGUGAAAGUGUGUGACAAGACUCUCACAGUCAGUGUAAUCCCUCGUCUACCAGUGUGCUCAGGAAUGGGAGAAACCCUGUUUGUGUGAGCUCUGUAAUGAAGAUUUCAUGCAGUUCCUGGAGCUUCUGGGGCAUUUUUGAAUGUACUCUAGGAUCUACCUAAUUAAGUUCUUGCCCAAAUCAUUAUCGGUAUGUUUACCUGUGCACAGUCUCCCUGUGCAGGAUGUUCAGUGGGACUGGGACACAGCACAAGAAGCAGCUUUCACUCCCAUCAAACAACUAGUGAUGACAUCACCAGUGCUGAGGGAUGAUGAUGUAACAAUGGAGUCACCCUGCAGUGUGAUGUCAGUGAAACAGGACUUGGAGUAACCCCCAGGCAGUGAGGACAGCCCGCUGUGUUUGGGUCCAGAUUGAGAAAGAGAGUUUGUGUAUUGGCUUUGAGUGUGAGCAUUUCAACUCAUGCUGGUUUGUGAGAGAGGCAGUGAUUGUACAGUCUGAACACAAGCCAUUUCAAAGCAUUUUCUUCUCAAACCAUUUCUGUCUGCUUCAAAGCAUUUGAGCAGGUCUUUACUUUGUUUUGUUUGAUAGUCAAGUCCAAGAAAGCAAGUUCUGCAGAGAUGUUGUCACCUCAAUUGGACUCAGUGAAAGCAAUUGAGCAAAUCUAUUGUUUACCCUCUGUCAUUGAGGUACAACCCGAGGGGUUGCUCCUGUCCAGAAUAUACUGCUGAGGCAGAUCAGUUGAGCAUCCAGAAGACAGGCGAAUACUCGGCACCUACAUGGGAAAUUAGCAAGGAGUUCAAGUUGAUAAUGAUAAGCCUGUGGUUCAGUAGCUGGAGCAGGCAUGAGUAUAGGGGAAGUAUCAGCCACUUAUCUCCAUUGGUUGUGUUAAAGUCUGACGCCUAUAGAAUAAAUUCCACAGCCUGGGUUCAGCAGACAAUUCUGAUCCCAGCACUGGAUAGUCAGUGAUGUACACGAAUGUUUUCCAGUUUAUCACCUGGAAUGAUUCAUGAUUGUGGUCGAAUAUGUGUUUUUGGUGUUGGGGGAAGGGCUCUUUCAAAGUAUUGAAACUUCCCAAGCUUUGUGUAGAAGAGAAUAUUUGAGAUGAAAUGUGAAUAUCACCUCCUGUUCGGCGCUGAAAUAAAAUGACUUGCCUUGCCUUUUAUAUCAUAACUAAUUUAAGGUGUUCUGGAAGGGACCUUUACAAACAUUACAAAUAAGAUGUACAGUGAGAUUAAUGAGAUGUUCCACAGUCAUGUGGUGAGCUAACAUUUUUCUAUGGAUAGAAAAAGAAAGUGCGAGUCCUUGAGACCAUUUGAAAUAUGGGCAGAGGUUGGUCUUUUAGCUGCUUGAAUUGGCUUCAAUAAGAUCAUUCCUUGCCUUUCCCUGUAAAUCUUAAUUCCCUUACUGAUCGUAGAAUCUGUCUCUCUCAGCCCCAAAUAUGCACAAGGACUCUUCCCCUACAGCUCUCUGUGGCAAUGAAAUACAACACUCCAAGAUGAAAUUCAUGCUUAACUCAGUGCAUCUAUGUAAGAAACAAACUCAAUAAAAUUAUA